AUCUCAGAAUUCUCUCAUCAACACUUGCUGCAACGCGAAGAAAAGGAGGACGAGAAGAAGAAGGACGAAGACGAUGAUGGCGGCUGGCAGGAAAUGCCAUCCUAUGCCAGAUACGACAUGUAUGACGACGACGACCGUUUGAUCGCACGAGAGCACGACGCAGAUGAGGAUGAGACGUAUGGCUAUGCCGGUCUCGGUGGCGCCGGAAAGGGAUAUACACGGGUGAUUAUGGAUGAAGACGCCGAGUCGGCGACGAGCAUGGACGAGCAUACGCAAUACUUGUUCAAGAACCCCAACGGCACGUCGAUAGGCGAAGACGAAGAGGCCAGGGACGCCGUGUCCCAGAUGCAGGCCACCAAGGACCUCCUCACCGAAGGGCAGAGGAUCGCAUACGUCGGCGUCGUCCGCCUGGAGAUUGUGAACAUGGUCAAGGAGGCUGAGAGCCUGCCGCUGCCGAAAUCUGCCAAAAGACAGGUCCUCAUGGGCGCCGAGGCCGUCAAGAUGUGGGGUCAGAAGAUGAUGAUCCGGCUCUACUCUCACAUGGACAUUAGCGAUGCCGAGCAGAUCAUGAUUGAGCAGCUUGCAGAACACGGCGUCAUGGCGCAGGAUCUCACAGCAGCCCUUCUUGCCAACUCCAGAGUUCAGAACCCAAUGGCAGAAGAGAAGAGGCUGGGGACCCCCAGAUCUAGCCGUUACCUACCGUCGUAUUCAGAGGAGGAAAAGCCUGCCGAGAUGCCGCCCCCGUACGAGACACACACUGGCGAGGAGCUGCCGGAGGUCAAGACGCCUUCGCAGAUGCCCACGACGGAGAAGAUUGACAUUGACCUGCGAUGGACGGUGCUGUGCGACUUGUUCCUGAUACUGAUUGCGGACUCGGUAUAUGAUGCUCGCUCAAGAGUUCUACUGGAGCGGGUGGGGAAGAGCCUGGGCAUUUCAUGGAUAGACAUUUGCAAGUUCGAAAAGAAGGUAACGGAUGCAUUGGAGAUGCAGCAGGCAGCCGAAAAAGAAAACUGGAACGAAGAGGAACACAUGGAGCACAGGAGAAAGAUGGCUUUGAAGAAGAGGUACAUCAUGAUGGGCCUAGCGACUGUGGGCGGUGGCCUCGUCAUUGGACUCUCUGCCGGCCUGCUUGCCCCUGUCAUUGGAGCAGGGUUGGCCGCCGGCUUUACGACGAUUGGUGUGACAGGUACCAGCAGCUUCCUGGCUGGAGCUGGAGGAGCUGCCAUCAUCACAUCCAGCGCAGCGGCCUCGGGCGGUGUCAUCGGUGGCAGGGCGGCCGGUCGCCGGACUGGCGCUGUCAAGACGUUUGAGUAUCGGCCUCUCCACAACAACAAGCGCGUCAACCUGAUUGUCACCGUGUCCGGUUGGCUCACGGGAAAGGUUGAUGAUGUCCGCUUGCCGUUUAGCACGGUCGACCCUAUCAUGGGUGACAUCUACUCCGUGCUGUGGGAACCAGAAAUGCUCCGGAGCAUGGGUGACACCAUAAACAUUCUGGCUACCGAGGCACUCACACAAGGUCUGCAACAAGUCCUGGGCAGCACGAUCCUUGUCAGUCUGAUGGCUGCCAUUCAGCUGCCGGUGGUCCUGACAAAGCUCUCCUAUCUCAUCGACAACCCCUGGGCGGUGUCUCUCGAUCGUGCAACCGCGGCAGGCCUCAUCCUGGCCGACUCGCUUAUAGAACGUAGCUUGGGUACGCGGCCCAUCACCCUUGUUGGGUACUCGCUCGGCGCCCGAGUCAUCUUUUCCUGCCUGAGAGAGCUGGCGAGGAAGGGUGCGUUUGGGCUCGUUCAGAAUGUCUACAUGUUUGGGUCGCCCAUUGUGGCCAAGCAAGACGAGUAUCUCAAGGCCCGCUCCGUGGUUUCUGGCCGCUUCGUAAACGGAUAUAACCGUAACGACUGGAUCCUGGGCUAUCUUUUUCGAUUAACAAACGGUGGCAUCAGGCGAAUCGCCGGGCUUGCCCCGUUGGACGACUGCCCGUGGAUAGAAAACGUCGACGUGACGGACCUCGUGGCUGGCCAUAUGGAGUACCGCAAGGCUAUGCCUUCGCUUCUCAUGAGAUGCGGAUGGGUCGUAACUAGCGAGGAGUUUUCAGAAAUUGAAGACCCUGACCCGGAUGACCACCAAGGGCGGCAGCGAGAGCUUAUCAACGAGAUUGAAGAAGCCCGGAGAGCGCUGGAGAAGGAGGGCAAAGCGUCAAAGAGGACAAGCAAGUUUGGGUUUUUCGGACGGCGCAACAAGGGAGAAAGGCAAGAGUGGGAGAUUUACGAAGAGUCGGGCAAAAACUCACCCAAGCCUGGGAAGAAGACCGAGGAUAAGGACGGCAACAAUUAUGGUGUUUUGUUCGACAUUGAUGCCAUUCGCGCUGAACUCGCCAAAGAAGCCGACAACGACGGUACAGAGGAAAUACAGGUCAAGGAGAUUAAGUCGACCCUCCCACCGAUGAAGCUCGACUACUCGCCGGCCUCGUCGCCUCAAACUCCGGCACGGGGGGCUGGACUGGAGCCUCACGGAUCCUUGCAGACAUCGAAGAGCGCGGAUGUGCUACCGUUGCGGUUUUCCAAUAACGGGACGCGAGAGCAGGCUGCUACAACGUCGGGAACGCCGACGACUCGCCCUUCUCCGUCGCCGUACCUCUACGAGCAUGACACACACGAUGACGAGAUUCAGAUGACGUUUGAUACGUCUUUCCAGGAGCCCGGCCGCCGACAUUCCGCAUUUGACGAAGAGCCGAGCAGACCGGUUGUCAAGACGGCCAGCACAUUGCCGACCAUGACGCUGGCCGACCCCUGGAACGACCCGGACGACGAUGACUUUGGCAAGGAGCAGGAGAUUUCCAUGACUUUUGCGUAA